AUGGCAGGGGGGGCCGGAGGAAGCCGAGCUUCAAGCCUGCGGACUCUUGGGUACAGAUGGGAACGGCAGCUCCCACCGCAACGGCACUCAGCUCCUUCCUCCCUGGGAGCUUUGGUCCACGCCUGGGAGAUCUCUGACCAGCUGCUGCAGAUCCGUCAGGAUGUGGAGUCGUGCUACUUCGCGGCGCAGACCAUGAAGAUGAAGAUACAGACUUCCUUCUAUGAACUCCCCACCGACUCCCACGCGUCGCUUCGGGACUCUCUGCUCUCCCACAUCCAGAACUUGAAAGACCUGUCGCCGGUCAUCGUCACCCAGCUUGCUUUAGCAAUAGCAGACCUUGCCCUGCAGAUGGCUUCUUGGAAAGGCUGCGUACAAACACUGGUUGAAAAGUACAGCAAUGAUGUUACAUCGCUGCCCUUCCUGCUGGAAAUCCUCACGGUGCUGCCAGAAGAGGUUCACAGCCGAUCCUUGCGCAUCGGAGCCAACCGCCGUACCGAAAUCAUCGAAGAUCUGGCGUACUAUUCCAGCACGGUCAUCUCUCUGCUGAUGACGUGCGUGGAGAAAGCAGGCAACGAUGAGAAGAUGCUCAUCAAAAUCUUCCGGUGCUUGGGGAGCUGGUUCAACCUGGGGGUCCUGGACAGCACCUUCAUGGCAAACAGCAAGUUACUGUCGCUCCUCUUCGAGGUGCUGCAACAAGACAAGACAUCAUCGAACCUCCACGAAGCCGCUUCGGACUGCGUCUGCUCAGCCCUCUACGCCAUCGAGAACGUGGAGACGAACCUUCCCCUGGCCUUGCAGCUUUUCCAGGGCGUCCUCACUCUCGAGAGUGCCUAUCACAUGGCUGUAGCACGCGAGGACCUUGACAAGGUGCUCAAUUACUGCCGUGUUUUCACCGAGCUGUGUGAGACGUUCCUAGAUAAAAUAGUUUGUACGCCGGGUCAAGGGCUUGGCGACCUGCGGACGCUGGAGCUGCUGCUGAUAUGUGCAGGUCACCCGCAGUACGAGGUGGUAGAAAUUUCAUUUAACUUCUGGUACAGACUGGGGGAGCACCUGUACAAGACGGACGAUGCAGUGAUCCACAGCAUCUUCAAAGCCUACAUCCAGCGCCUUCUCCACGCUCUGGCCAGACACUGCCAGCUCGACUCAGACCACGAGGGCGUCCCAGAGGAGACGGAUGACUUUGGGGAGUUCCGGAUGCGGGUCUCGGACCUGGUGAAAGACCUGAUCUUCCUGGUGGGAUCGGUGGAAUGUUUUGCUCAGCUUUAUGCGACUCUGAAGGACGGGAACCCACCCUGGGAGGUGACAGAAGCUGUCCUCUUCAUCAUGGCCUCCAUAGCGAAGAGCGUUGACCAGGAGAACAACCCGACCCUGGUGGAGGUGCUGGAGGGGGUGGUUCGCCUCCCCGAGACCGUGCACACCGCCGUCCGCUACACCAGCAUCGAGCUGGUGGGAGAGAUGGGGGAGCGGCUCAAGCGCUCGCCUUCGUGCUUGGGAACGGCCUUGGUCCUCGCCAGGCUCCCCUUGGAGAAGAUAGCAGAAUGCCUCAGCGAGCUCUGCGCCGUGCAGGUGAUGGCUCUCAAGAAGCUGCUGUCUCAGGAGCCAAGCAAUGGCCUCUCCUCAGACCCCACCGUGCCCCUGGAUCGACUCGCCGUCAUAUUUAGCUUCACCUGGUCUGCAGCGAGGACAGACCGAAACGUCAUCACGGUCCUCUCAGGCCAAGUAGUAGAGGCAUUUGACAAGCAGUUCCAGGAGCUCUACCUCAUGUCCAAGGGGGUGAGCCUCAAGUCCAUCUCCAUGGGUGAAGAGCCCGAACCUGAGCCUGUAACGCUGCCCUCUGUUGUGCCAGUGACCCCUGCCAACGCCGUGGUAAAGAAGCUGAUAAACCCUAAAUAUGCCCUGGUGAAGGCCAAGAGCGCUGACCAGAUCAGCAAGACUUCCUCUGAGAACCAGGACAAAAACCAGAAGACAGACAACAAAGGCAAAGCCCUGCCAGAGGGCCAGGCGGGCGACAGGCAUGGUGACGUGGCAGACCUCUCCCUCCUUAUCCACCCCGGCCUCCUGAAUCUGGAGAAAGCCAACAUGUUUGACUAUCUGCCCACCUGGGUUGAGCCUGACCCUGAGCCCGGGAGCGAAGUCUUGGGUUACAUCAACAUUAUUGACCCCAAGAUAAAGAAUGUGAAGCUCUCACAGAUGAACCGCAUCAAAGUCUGCGACGUUUCCCAAGCCAGCGCCCAGCACCGGCAGAUGCUGAAGAACAGAGACUGGGGGCUGGGUGAACGAAACCGAGGGGGGGACGGGGGGAAGCUUUUGGUGCAGGCAGAACCGGCGAGGGGCUUCUUGUUGGGGGAGCUGAUCGCUGAGGAAGGCCUCACUGCCUCGGGGCUCGUACCCCACCGGGACGAGGAGAGCCCCAAACCUGCCCCUUCAGCUUCGGCGGUGGCUGUUGGGAGGAGAAGCCGGGGUCGGGCGCUCUGCAUGCCUACCUUCCAACUCCUAGAGCAGCCCAAUGGCCUUCAGAACCACCCGGACACCGUGGACGACCUCUUCCGACUAGCAGCCAGGUUUAUCCAGCGCAGCCCCGUCACCUUGCUACGCAGCCAGGUGAUGAUCCCCAUCCUGCAGUGGGCCAUCGCCGCCACCACCCUGGACCACCGGGACGCCAACUGCAGCGUCAUGAAGUUCCUGCGUGACCUCAUCCACACCGGGGUGGCCAACGACCACGAGGAGGACUUUGAAGUGCGGAAGGAGCUCAUCGGCCAGGUGAUGAACCAGCUGGGCCAGCAGCUCCUCCACCAGCUCCUGCACACGUGCUGCUUCUGCCUGCCGCCCUACACCCUGCCCGACGUCGCCGAGGUGCUCUGGGAGAUCAUGCAGAUCGAC